AUGUCAAAGAAAAUAUUUAAUUGUAAAAAUUGUCAACAGAAAUACAACAAACUAAAAGAUUGGGAAGUUAAGAAAAGAGUCGCAUUAGAAAAUGGUAGUUAUCAUGCUGAAAUUUGUUGCACUUCCAGUUAUAAGCAUAAUCAAGAAGAAUGUUUAUCAGCUCGAAAGAACAAGCCAAGCGAUUCUAAUGAAAAUGACAAAAAAAAUUUGGAAAUACAGAUAAAUGCAGCCUUGAAGGGUUUAAAAGCAGCAAAGAAAUUCCCAAAAAAUCAUCCCAGUUUUAACGAAUACGAUAGGCAACUAAUAGAAGAAAGGUUAAACAAACUUAAAAAGGAAUACAUUGACAUUCAACAAUUAGAAGCAACUACUAACCGAACACCAGCCCAAGAACAGGAACUUCAAGAAAAAAGGCAAGAAUUAUCCAGACUAGAAAACCAACAACAAAGUGGAGGAGGGGGUUCGGGAGGAAAUCCUAAAAAAUCAACUAAUUACUGA